CAAAUAGCGACCAGCCUCACCCGCAAUUGAACAACAGCCAUCAUGAUUUCCGGACUUGCACACGUCAAUCUGCUUGUACCUGUCGGCACGCUGGAGAUCGCAGAAAAGUUCUAUAGUGGGACGCUUGGCCUCAUACCCAGAGCUGUCCCCGAGCUGCAGAAAGGAACUUUAGCUUGGUUCGACAUUGGCUCUUCUGGGCAGCAGGUCCACGUAGCGCUCGAUAAGAACAACUCCAAUGCUACAAAGUCCUCCCGACAUCCAUGCUUCAAGAUUGAAUCGCCAGAAGCUCUGCUGCAACUCCGGCAGCGAAUUUGGGAGCACUUUGAAAGAGGGGAUGAGGCUGCGCCACAAGAAGCAGAUAAACCAGGAGAAGCCGACUCAGGUGCCAAAGGUGCUGAGUACCCAUCGCGCUUCUUUGCGCGUGACUUUGCCGGGAACAGACUGGAGUUCUCUCUAUGAAUCAUAAUUUUGUCUCUUCCGUCAAAUUUCACAUUCCAACCGCCUCAAUAUUCUUGUCCACUGAUCCAGCAGUACUUCCCGAAGCUUCCAUGAAGUUGAUGACCUGUUGGUUGUCGAGAUAUUCUCGCAAAAGUAGAAUUCGUUUCUGUCGCGAGUCGAUCGUAAAGGCCAUGACCACGGAAUUGGUAUAAGAUUUGCCAUCUUGGUUCGAGGAGACGACUUCAAGCUCCGCCAUGACUUGCACACCUUCCGCAAUGAUGUUAAACGCCUUCAUGGAGUAUUGGCUAAACUGGCCCAGCAUUUGCAUGGAAAGGGGAAUCCGUUCGUGAGCCCUUAAAUAACCCCCCCAAGACACAUUCCGCUCUCCCAUCACCCACCACCCAGCAGUGUCGGUAAACAUGGAAGGCAAAACAUCGAAAUUGCGGCUGUCCAGAGCAUCGAUGAAGUUUUGAGCAACAGCCUUGCUCAGUCGUGACGUG